UCUGUGAGUAUCAUUGGCUCUACUCUGUAAGCGCAAGCAAUGACGAGGUCGAGUCCAUUGCACGGGCGGCGUAAUACCAGCUCCGGCGGUGAACGGCGGAAUUCCAGCUCCAGAGGUGAGCGGCGGAAUUUCAGCCCUGGCAAUGAGCGGCGGAACUCCAGCUCCUGUGGUAGUCGUACGCCGGUUUACUUUCCCUACUCGCCCAGUCCGGAUGUAUCCACCGGUAUGGAAUCCCGCUCCCGACUUGAUCCGGUGAAAGCUGCUGCACGGUCCGUCGCUGGAGCUUUUCUUACUUGCUUUGCUGCGCCGGAGAAGGAAACCUGGCCGAGUUUGGGUUAUUGUGGCGAAUCUCGUCAUUCUUCAGAUGCUUCCAUUCCUAAUGGCAAAAGAAAUCAAGGAUCUAGGCGAGAAACGCACUUCAGUUCAAAUCUAGCUGCCCCUGAUAGAGAGCCUGGAUCUUUGAGUAUCAGCAUAGAAAAAAUCCGCAAGGCCACGAAGAACUUCUCCACAUCUUUAAAAAUUGGGCAAGGGGGUUUUGGGGCUGUCUACAAGGGGAAACUUGAUGGAGUGCCUGUGGCCAUAAAACGUGCCAAGAAGAGUAUAUAUGAUAUUAGUUCGGGUUUGGAGUUUAAAAGCGAGAUUCAAACGCUUGCACAAGUAGAACAUUUAAGUCUGGUUAAGUUCUAUGGAUAUCUAGAACAUGAUGAUGAACGAAUCGUCAUCGUCGAGUAUGUGCCCAAUGGCACUUUAAGAGAGCACUUAGAUUGCAUCCAUGGCACUACUCUUGACCUUGCUACAAGGCUCGACAUUGCAACCGACGUGGCUCAUGCAAUAACAUAUCUUCAUAUGUAUACAGACCGUCCUAUCAUACAUAGAGACAUAAAGUCUUCCAACAUUCUCUUGACUGAGAAUUAUAGAGCCAAGGUUGCAGACUUUGGCUUUGCAAGACUUGCAGCUGAUGGUGAUGCGACCCAUGUGUCCACUCAAGUCAAAGGAACUGCUGGUUACUUGGACCCAGAAUAUCUCAAAACUUACCAAUUGACCGAAAAGAGUGAUACCUAUUCAUUUGGUGUUUUGUUGGUUGAAUUAGUCACCGGCAGGCGCCCCAUAGAACCGAAGCGAGUACUCGACCAGCGGAUCACUCCAAAAUGGGCCAUGAAGAAGUUUCACGAAGGAAAGGCCAAUGAAAUCUUGGACCCAAAUCUAGAGCAAACAGCUGCAAAUCAUUUGGCAGUGGAAAAAAUUCUGGAGUUGACCUUACAAUGCUUGGCUCCCCGGCGGCAGAGUCGGCCGAGCAUGAGGCGGUGUGCGGAGAUACUGUGGAGCAUACGCAAGGAUCACCGAGAUCUCUCAGCUCCAGAUUUCCGUUCAUUCUCUACGAGUUCACGACGGAGUGCAUCGGUAAGCGAUAAAUGAAACUCAAAUCCAAGUAGAAAAUAAGCUUUGAGUAGAAGAAGAACAAGAACUUGAAUUCUUGAUACAAAAGCAUGAUGAAUUGGAGUUCUUGAUCUUCAUUAUAAUAGGCUAGCAGUUUCUUAGAUCAUAUGUUCUUCCUCUUUCAUUGAUGAAA